GGCGUGACUCAUAGGCACUCCUUCCUUGGCCUACCCGCCUUAUGUCGCGACUCGAGCCGCGACCCACUCGCAUUGUGCACUUAGCCUUUCGUUACACAAAACUGAACUUUAUUUUAUUUUAUAUUUACAAAACAUUUUCUCACGUGAAACUUGCUUCGACGUAUAAAACGAAAGCCUCAAUUUAUCCACAAGCAAUUGAAGUCGUGGAACAAUUCAAGAGGACAGAGGACAAGUGUUACUUAUAUAAAAGAGUGAGUGAUACUCGUCAUCGCUGACAAUCUAAUCAACGUUGAGGAGACGAUGCUAUCAACACAUCCACUUAGACUGGAGUGCUUGUUUAUGAGAUACCAAUAUAAAAGGAUAAUAAGUAGGUGCAGAAGGAGUGAUUUGUAGCUAUUAUUAAGUCCAUUCCUAUAAAGUUUAUCGAGAAAUAUAAAUAAAGAUGAG